AUGGAAAAUAUUUCAAAAAAAAAAAAAAAAAAAACAUGCAAGGUAACUAUUGAUACAAUUCAAAAAGAAUAUGACCAUGUUCAUAAAAAAAAAAACACAGAUAUAUAUAUACGAUCUAGCAAGCCAAUUAAUAUAUAUCAAAAGAGAAUUAUAAAAUUAUUAAAUACUAAUGCAAACCAAAUAACAAAUAUUAUAGAAGGAAAUAAUAAAAAUGUAAAUAAUUCAGGAAAUGUACCAAACGAACAAGUUUGUAUUUAUGCGGUAGGUAAUAAUAUUAUUCGAUCUUUAUAUCUUCUUCAAGAUGUUGUGAAUUAUUAUUGUAAAUUUUUAGAAUCAAUAAAUAUUUAUAAACAUAAUACAAUUACAAAUAAAACUAAUACUCUUGACAUAUCUACAAACAAUAAUAAUAAAACUACGAAUUCGAAAAUAUCAAAAAAAAUAAAAAAAAUUGAUCAUUCAAAUCAUUUAGAUAUAAACACCAACAGUGGAACAUUAUUAAUGAUAGAUAAUAUAAUAUCUAAUACAUAUAUUAUAAAAGAUAGAUUUUUAAAUGAUAACUAUGAUAACUUAAUAAGUUUUGCAAGACUGCCAUAUAAUUCUAAAUAUCAUAAAUAUUUAGAGAGAACUAAAGAAAGAAGAGUAACAUAUGUUAGCAUUUCAAUAAAAAAAAAAUAA